CUGAUGCUGUCCUUUAAGUCUUUCUUAUUUACUAUUAAACAUCCAGGUCCUUAUUGGAUAAUUGUUCCAUUAAGGUGGAUCAUGUGUUCGCCAUCCCACAUUCCAGCAUUGUUUGUCUGUGUCUGUUCUUUCUGGCUAUGUUUAAUCAAAGCCUUCAUGUUAUGGCACAGUGUGUGGGUUCAAAGUGCAGCGGUAAAGUAAAUAGUACACUAAGUGCUCAGUGCAUUCCCUUUUGUUCUGGACAGAUAAAUUAAAGGCCAAGAAGACACAAUGACUGCUGCAAGUGCCCUAAUGGAGAGUUCUGGUGAGGGAAAUACCAGAAGAAGAUGCAGCAAGAACCCAUUUUACAGUAUAAAGUUUUUUUUGUUCUGUCAUGGGCUGCUUCAGCUUGCUCAGCUACUGGUCUCUGGAUAUCUCAAAAGCUCCAUUUCAACUAUUGAGAAAAGAUAUGGACUUUCCAGUCAAACUUCAGGGAUGCUGACUUCUUUUAAUGAGGUUGGCAACACUGUACUGAUAGUGUUUGUCAGUUUCUUUGGCAGCAGAGUACAUAGACCUCGCUUCAUUGGAAUAGGAGCACUGAUUGCCAGCUUGGCUGGAUUCCUGAUGGCCUCAGCACACUUAAUAACUAGCCCCUAUGAAUAUGAUCACUCUCUUGCAAAUCAUCAGGAUAACAACACUGAUAUUUGCCAGUUGAGUCCCUUGAUCGCACAGUUCAGUACAAUGCCAUCGAAAGGCAAUGACCAUGAGCACAAGAGCAUCCUGGCCCUCAUGUUUAUCGGUCAGCUCCUGUUAGGAAUUGGUGGAGUGCCUAUCCAACCGUUUGGAAUCUCCUACAUUGAUGACUAUGCCAGUGAAAGGAAUUCUCCACUGUAUAUUGGUAUGUUGUUUGCCAUAACCACCACUGGACCAGCUCUGGCAUUUAUGAUGGGAUCUGCCAUGUUGCGCUUCUAUGUAGAUAUAGACAAGGUUUCUCAUGAUAGGAUUGAUAUAACUACUAGUGAUCCGCGUUGGGUGGGAGCUUGGUGGCUUGGUUUCCUAGUUUCUGCCAGUUUUCUUGCAGUUACUUGCAUUCCUUAUUUCUUCUUCCCAAGAGAGAUGCCAAAAGAGGGCAGUGAAUUGAGAACAUCUGAAAAUAAAACAAAGAAAGGACUAAUAAAAGAAGGGAAAACUAAGGCCGAUUCACUAAAAGACCUCACUCUGUUGGAAUUCAUCAAAAGUUUCCCUAAAAUUUUGCUGAGGACCUUGAGAAGCCCCAUUUUUCUGCUGGUGGUGUUGGCUGAAGUUAAUUUGUCUGCCAUGGUUGCUGGACUAGCUACAUUCAUGGCCAAGUUUCUGGAAAGGCAAUUUACUGUCACAGCAUCUUUUGCAAACUUAUUGAUUGGAGGCGUAAAUAUCCCCGUAGCUGUUUUGGGAAUUGUCACUGGUGGUGCAAUCAUGAAGAGGCUGCACAUGUCACUAAAGCGCUCAGCUUUGAUGAGUACAGUUUCACUUUUUAUCUGCGUUUUGUUGGCCACCCCUCUGCUCUUCAUUGGAUGCUCCACGCAGAAAGUUGCUGGAGUCAAUACUGAAUAUUUAAAUGGAUAUCUUGAUAAUAAGACACCAGAAUGCAUCAGUAAUUGUUCUUGCCGGACGGAGGCUUUCAAUCCUGUGUGUGGUUCAGAUGGAGUUGAGUAUAGAUCUCCAUGUCAUGCUGGCUGUAGAAACGUUACUCUUGAAACUAUGGGGAAGACCAAGGAACCAAAAGUCUUGACCUACACAGACUGCAGUUGCAUCUCUACAGAUCCUUCCAAAGCCAUUGCUACUCCAAGCCAAUGUGGCAGCAGCUGCUCCCACCUUCUUUUACCCUUUAUGGUGUUAUCAGCCUUGGCAGGCUUCGUUGCGUCUUUCUCACACACUCCAUCCUUUAUGAUGAUAUUACGGUCAGUCCCAAGAGAAGACAAAUCCCUAGCACUGGGAAUUCAGUUCAUGAUGCUGAGAGUUCUUGCUUGGAUGCCAGGGCCGGUUCUGUUUGGCAGUGCUAUUGACACGGCAUGUAUUUCAUGGGAGACCAAAUUUAGCAAGAGGGCUUCCUGCAGAUAUUAUGACAAUGAUCUUUUCAGACAAAGAUACCUCGGCCUGCAGCUCCUGUUUGAAUGUGGUGCCUUCUUUUGUUUUCUGAUGGUUUUCAUAAUCCUGUCAAAGUUGAAGAAAGAACGAGUGGGGAAGAAGAAUCCUGAAAUCUGUAAAGUCACUGAGCAGCUGGUUUUGGACAAAUCCAGUAACUCCUCGGUGUGUUGAAAUCUUACAGCAGAAAACAGUUGGAAUUUAAGAAUGAUUUAAUUUCUCUGAAGCUAACCAGCCCCCAGAAAAGUUAAUGAAAAAUAGUUUUGGAUGGCUGUGUCUCAUGUUGAACUAUUGGAUAAUUGUGUCUGAACCCUGACUUGCAACCCUAAAGAAUUGCCUGUGAGCAAGGAAAUUUAAAAAGGCAUUUGGGAAGAGCGUGAGAAGAAAUGAAUUGGCUUGUUUAUAAACUGCAGUUCCAAGGUCGUAUUUCUAUGCUUCGCUGUUAUGUUUAAAAAUAACUAAAAACUGGUAAAGCAGUAGCUUUGGCACCAUAUUCAAGUGCAAUGCUUUUUGAGGUUCAAAUGCAUUAAAAAACCUGCUUCCUAUUUGAUACGGGUCAGGUAAUUACCUGACAGGAACAGGAUAAGCAAACAUGGUGUUUAUUCCAGUUUGAACUCCUGUUUUUUGAAAGGAGAAAUGUAAUUUUUUUCUACAGCCUUACUUAUAUAAAGUAUAGUGGAAUUAAUAGAAGCUUUGGCAUUUUUAUUUUAAUCCAAAUCAUGACUGCUCUUGAUUCAGCAAUCUAGAUACAAUCUAGAUACAGCGUAUACCUGUCUUUGCCUGGUGUGUAGCUCUAAUGGGAUGCUCUCUGCAUGGCAGACGUUUCUGAAAUAAAAUGUUGCUGGUAAUUUUCUUCCACAACUACAUCAGCAGUGCUUCAAUAAGACUGGGGAAUGAGAAGGAUAUAUCAACAGAUACUGUACAUGUCUAUGCACAGAUGAAAGUUAAAUAUGAAUGAACUAUAAUUAAGCACACCUAAAAGUCGUGUACAUUUUUAUAAGUAGAUUUAUUGCAGUUUAUUUGCUUUUUAUACACUGUGAUAUAAAUUAACUCUUUAUUACUGUUGCACAUGGCUUUAUGUUUUAUGAUGACAUUGAUUUAAUGGGCAAUUGUCUGGUCAAAUGGUGUGUACCAGGACCUCAUCAUUUGGCGAUAAAGCAAGAUCUUUUUUUUUUUUCUUCAAAAUAGCAAGAUGGAGUUAUUGAUUAGCAUCAGGCCAGUGUCACUACAUGCUGCUAAUGCUGUGAAAUAUGUUAAUCUGAGCAUUUAAGGGCACAAUCUAUCAAGACAUGCUGACCCUGGUGAAGAUAUCGUAUCUAUGCAGCAUUAAAGUUGAAUUUUAUAUGCUUUAAGAUACCUGGGUUUCAAAACAAUUUGUUUCAACUGACGUGUAACAGAAUCCAGGUUCUCAUUUAUAUAAUCUGAAGUUGACAAUCACUUCCAUAUAUAUAUUCCUUUUCAUUGAUCUUAUUGAUAUAGUCUUAGAGUUGAUCGUCGUCUCUAUUAGUAGAUGCCUGAUACAGUGGUCCCUACAAGCUAUGACGUUUGGUGGUUGUGCUAGCCAGGUUUCAUUACUUAUGGUUAAUAGUCUUUCUGCAGCAUGAAGUGAUUUAUAACUGUCACAUAAUUUCAAAACUAUUUUCAUUUAAGUGCUUUUCCAUGUAUCUCUCAGCCUUACAAUGUUCAGCUUAGUGGGUAAACGUUGUACUUUAUUAAGGAUAUAUGCUGUACAAUGUUUUACAAAUAUAUUUGAAUGCUUUCAAAUUUAAGUAAAUUCCCCUUAGGGAAUUAAACCAGGGCACAGCACAUUUUUAACAUCUGAAACGUUUUUGGGAUGUCUUUGUUCAAUUCUGUGAUGGUUCUUAUCAAGUUAGGUAACCAACAAAGAUUUUAGAACAAAAGCUACACCUGCCUUUUAUAGCUUUUUACUUUCUUUUUGUUUCUAGUCAUUAUGACUAG